CAAAUGUGUUUGACGGAUCCUUUUUGUCUUCUUCCAAUGCCUCUUUAGGGGAAAGUAAUCCAAUAGUAACUGAAAGUAAUCCGAUUAUGUUUGGCUAAUCCAAAAGUUACGUUAUUUUGGACAGGUAACUAGUAACAGAACAUCCUUUCAACAGAGUUGUAUAGACUACAUCAAACAUGUGCAUUUGACAUUAAGGUCAUCCUUCUCCAGACGGUGGUCUCACACAGACAGAAAGGCUCGUUGUAUAACUAAUAGAGAGCUUUAGAGUAGCAGUGUGUAAAUACGUAUUAGGGGACAGUGGGUUGUGUUGUUAUGUUCAUUAAUACAUUCUUGUGCGGAUUGGGACAAGAGAGUGAGAGAGCUUUACAUAAUUGCAUGCAUGCUUUUUCACGUGAAAUGCCCCUUUAAAAGUGGGAUCAGUUAGGUUAGAGGCACAUUGUAAAGCAAGCGGACAGUGAAGAGUAAGUAGAUCUGUGAUUUGCUGGUGUGAAAAUUCGCACUGAAGAUGGUGUCUUCCUACCCUUUACCGGAUGGUUUCUCAGACUUUGAUGUAUUCUCUUUGGGAUCUUGUCUGCUAGUGGAGGGUCUUCUGGGAUUCUUCCUGAAUGCUGUGACAGUCGCUGCUUUCCUCAAAAUAAGAGAACUGAGAACCCCCAGCAAUUUCCUAGUCUUGAGUUUGGCAUUGGCCGAUAUGGGCAUCUCUACGAAUGCAACCAUUGCUGCUUUCUCCAGUUUUCUGAGGUACUGGCCCUAUGGCUCUGAUGGCUGCCAGACUCAUGGCUUCCAGGGUUUCGUGACAGCUCUCGCCAGCAUCCACUUCAUUGCUGCCAUUGCAUGGGACAGAUACCACCAGUACUGCACAAGGACAAAGCUACAGUGGAGCAGUGCCAUCACUCUGGCUAUUUUCAUCUGGCUGUUCACCGCCUUCUGGUCAGCCAUGCCCCUCAUCGGCUGGGGAGAGUAUGACUACGAACCCCUCAGGACAUGCUGUACCCUGGACUACAGCAAAGGAGACAGCAACUAUGCAUCCUACCUGAUCCCCAUGGCCAUUUUCAACAUGGCCAUCCAGACCUUUGUUGUCAUGUCCUCCUACCAGUCCAUCGGCAAGAAAUUCAAGAAGACUGGAAACCCCAGGUUUAACACUUCCACUCCCCUGAAGACAUUUUUGUUCUGUUGGGGACCCUAUGGAGUCCUUGCCUUCUACGCUGCUGUUGAGAAUGCCAACUUGGUCUCUCCCAAAAUUAGGAUGUUGGCUCCUAUUCUGGCAAAGACCUCUCCCACCUUCAAUGUUUUCGUGUACGCCCUGGGCAAUGAGAACUACAGAGGAGGCAUCUGGCAGUUCCUCACUGGGGAAAAGACUGAAGUGCCUCAAAUUGAGAACAAGUUCAAAUAAACUAAGCAUGUGAAAAUCACACACAAACUGUCCUCUUGGUUUUCCAAAAGGUACGAAUGUUGUUGUAGAUUCAUUAAAGUCACUGGACCUGG